AUGAGAGAAGACAAUCCGAAUUGGUUGGCGAGAUGGGAGGAGGAGCUUCCUCCUCCUGAAGAUCUCAUCCCUCUCUCUCAAACCCUAAUCUCUCCUCCCCUCGCCCUCGCCUUCCACAUCGACAAAUUCCCCCCUCCUCCGACCGAUUACGCCGGCGAUUUGACCGAGCCGGCCAGGACUCUGAAGCGGCCGCGGCUGGUGUGGACGCCGCAGCUGCACAAGCGGUUCGUGGACGCGGUUGCUCAUCUCGGCAUAAAAAACGCCGUCCCCAAGACCAUAAUGCAGCUCAUGAGCGUCGAAGGCUUGACCAGAGAGAACGUAGCCAGCCAUCUCCAGAAGUACCGUCUCUAUCUCCGCCGUAUAGAGCGGGUUCGACGGAGCAUUUCAUGGCGUCGCUGA